AGUUUUCGUUACCUACAUAUUUGUCGGUCGUCUCAAGGAGCACGCCUCUGCCCGGAAACAUUACCCCCUUUUAUCCUCCUCCUACCUCGCGUCCUAGACAUAUGCAUACACAACUUCUUCUGCCUUCGGAAUCACGUACUUAAAUCAUGGCUCACUUGCACGGGGGCUUCUUUGACCCCAACGCUCCUGGCAAUUACCCGCCCCAGAACCGGCCCCCGGCGCCUUCGCACCAAGCCCACGGUGGUUCUUACACGCCCGGGAGUUCAGUCGUGUCCUAUCAAAACCAGCCCUUCUACGGUCACCAGGCACAGCCUGUGUCACCUAUCCAAAGCCCUCAAUCGACCCAUUCUACCUCGUACGGAUCUCCUCCACCCCAAGAACAGUACCCCCUCUCCCAUAUCCAAACACAGCCAAGCAUGAGUCAAUACCAGCAGCAAACAAUGGACUACAAUGGACAGCAGGGUGCCUAUCAGCAGGGUGUCUAUCACCAGGGGACGGGCUAUAGUCGGCAGGAUGGAACAAUGCAACCGGCGGCUCCUGCUCCUCUCGUGCCCAACAAGCUGACUCCCAUCGACGAAACAAAUAAGGAAGAAAAGGAGUUUCCCGUCAGCCUCAAAGGCAGCCACCACUUCUCCGAGCCUCGAACGGUGUGGCGAUGGCGUAACCCAAGAAUGUACCAAAAGCCUGGAUACGUCUUCAACGACUCAGAGCGCCAGUUCCGACACCGUGACUAUGCUGGCCGAGUUGCUAUCAAGCCCCGAUCGGAUCGCUAUCUGCACCACAAUGAUGGCUACCUGCGCAACCUCUAUGUGGCUUGCACGGACGAUAUCUAUACAGGGCCAGGGACUUCUACUUGGAAGAGAACCUUUGUGCGCAAGGUUGCUCCAUUGAAAGUCCGCAUCGCCACUUGGGUGAUUGACUUCAGCUACGACCCCGAGAGCUGGGAGGACUGGGGUAUCAUGAUCCUUCGAGCUCUGCCUGCAGCCUUAGCCAUGACUCUUGUUUUUUGGGACAGCAAGUCAAGAGUCUUCAAGCGGCACUUGUACUAUGCCCCAGUGCUGUACACCUACCAUGGCAAUGCCAAGGUGUGGAGCAACAUGCUCGAGAAUCGCAAGGGCCUGUCUCUCAUGGCUCGCAACAACCAGGUCUAUCGACUGUUGCGGCCUCGCUACCUGUGCUUCCUUCGCGAGCCAUUCAACGAUGAGAAUUGCGGAGUUGAAGUCGAAAACGUCGAACACUGGGAGAGGCGCCAGGGGCAAGAUCCCAGCUUGAACUACCUCUUCGUCGCAUACUCCACAGAGCAUUUUUCGCACUCUUCUGAGGCAGACAUGGUUGCUCUUCAUCAAAUCGCCGAGACAGCUUGUCGCGUUGCCAAGUUGCCCGCAUACUGGAUUUCCUGCAGCUGUAUGCGGGAUACUGCCGAGCUGGAGGCGGAUAUCUAUCGCAUUUCCGAUGUCCUUCGCGGUGCACACAGCAUGAUCAUCGCCGUUGGAAGGGGAAAGGCCGCUGAAUCCUCCUCGGGCAAAGUCACCACUGAAGCACUGCUUCAGGAAUGGGGCAGUCGAAUGUGGACAUUCCCCGAGGUCCUCCUCAGCCCAGGGCGUAGCAUUCAGGUCUACACCCGCGAUGGUAAUCUUCAAGCGCCACUCACCAUCGCCAAAAACCAAUUUGCGUCCCAAGUCUGGACGUAUAUGGAUGCUGAUGUCGCGAGACACUUGAUCGACCACUACCUGGGCAGCAUUUCUCUGAGCCGGCUGGAACUUGCAGUUCUGGCUCUGAGAUGUCUGUAUAGCCGGCACACUACUGAGUACUUCUCAGGUGACCAGGCGUAUGCUCUCAUGGGACUCUUGCGGAUGCGGCCGCAGAUUGACUCGACCGACACUGCCUUCCAGGCGUUUUCGCGAUUGUCCUUGGCCAAUGACUCAGACAAGCUCCUGGAGAGAUACAUUUGCACCCUCCCUCUCAAUCGCAGUCAGCCAUGGUAUGACAUGGACGACACCUACCAGUCAACCCUCUGGGAUAUCACACCCCACUGCGAGGUCGCUGGCAUUGCAGACGAUGAUACUGUCAUCAUCGAUGGCGCCUGGGGAAUCUCCGUUCGAUGGAAGACAUUCUACUCAGUCUAUUGGUCCACUGGACCGUCGUGGAAGCGAUUCGCUUCCGAGAUGAUGAUGGAGUGGAACGGCGCUUUUUUCAUCAUGGCCAUUACUUUCUUCUCCCUUGGAGCCCAAGCUGGUCCGGCUGGCUCAGGAUUGAUUAUCGCAGGAGUCAUCUUCUUGUUACUCUUCCUAUAUGUUUGGGUCAUGACGCCAAAACUGGUCAGGAUCAUCUACGGAGGAAAGUUCAGCGAGACUCAGGCCGAGAUGUUCGGCUUCGAAGGGCAUCUGAACGCCGCCACCAUUGAGCGGGCUAUUUUUGGCGGCAACUUUGGUCGAUUCUCGUGGAGUCCCAACGCAAGCCCCUUGUGUCGCUCGGUUAUAAAUGAGCACGGAGAACGUGUGGGCUUUGAUCCAUACAAGGACCCGGAGAUUCGCAUGAAAGUCGAGGCGGCCAAACAAGCUCGGCCCGGUGACAUGAGGAUUUUUACAUUGGUGGAUACAUACAACAUGCAGUUGAUACUGUUCGAGGCCGUCAGGCCACCAGUGACUCUCAUGUUCUGUGCCUCUGAAGGAGGUAUGCAACGUGCGAUCGGCUGCUCGUAUGAGUGGGAGUCGCAGACCAUGUACCGCGAGACGGUUCUCAGAAUGCCUACGACCUCCCUCAACCGCAUGGAUCGAGUUCCUCGGUUCCGUAUGGGGAUCCAGCGUCGUGACUAUGCAUCUGCGCCGCAGGCUGGUCCGGUUUGAAGCGGAGCGAUGGCGUGGUGGAUUUGAGUGUGGCGGCUGGAAUCGUGGCUUGUAAUCCUGAUGACUGUGCAUGAGUUUCCACAGAUGUAAUCGAUAGUUCUUUAUU